AUGGAUCAAAUGUGGCCAAGUUGUGAUCCGAGAGACGUGCGGUUCAAUUACCAGGCCUUACCUCGCUUCGCGGAGCAAGGUCCCACCCUCGCUGCUCCGGACAUGUUCAACGGACCUCAGCCAGUCAUGUACAUGAACAGUGCUGCAGGAUAUUACAGUCAUGGCCAGCAGGUGCCAUAUUGGUGGCCCGUGCAAAACUUUGUUCCACCGACAUCAGUUAGUUUUGCUGCCGCUCCUCCACAAAUGAUGGGAGGCACAACAAUGAUGAUGCCAGGGAACCCCAAUCUCACUCCAGGUGUCUUUAUGAGAGAUGCCGACGAUGAGGUGGAGCACCACCAGUACAUAAAGAAACCACCAAAUGCCUUCAUGGUGUUUGCAAGGAAGCAUCGCAAAGCUCUCAUGGGAAAACUGGAUAAGAAAGACAGCGCGUCAGUAAAUGUCAUCCUGGGAGAAAUGUGGAAUUCACUACCGCAGCAAGACCAGGCCAAAUACUACGAAGAAGCAGAUGUUGAGAGGAGACGUCACGCCCAGUUGUAUCCCAACUGGUCCAUGUGUGACAACUAUGGCAAAAAGAGGAAGAGGAUGAGGGGCAAUGGUACCGAUCCAGAAGCUCCGCAGCCCACCAGGAUGUGCGUGGCUCCGGUCCAGACGGGCAUGAUGGGGCCUGAACGAUACCCUACACUGGCAGAAUCCCAGUCUGUGAGCAACCUUGCAUGUUUGCAGCAGCAGCAGCAGCAGCAGCAACAGCAGCAGCAGCAGCAGCAGGCUAAAGCCAGCCUUCCUACUUUUGUGCAUAACUUCAUGCCUCCAGCCGCUCCAACUUCAUCCGGGAUGGAAUUCUCACAGCUUCUGAGCGGCGUCAAUUACAUGCCCCUACCCCAUGACAAACAGGGCAGAUCAUUAACUGUGAAUUCGUCGGAGCCUCAGAGCUUAGAGGAAGAGCUCCACGUUAUACUGGAGCGAUUUGAAGAAGAAUCGUCCACCACACAGACUGAGCAGUCUGCCGCCGCACUGAAUCUAGAGGAAGAGCUCCAAAGCUUACUCGAGCGUUUUCAGAAUAAGCCCUCCACCACCGCGCAGUUAGGCACAGACAGGCUUCAUUGCGUCUUUGAGGGUUUAGGAAUCACUGCUGCUGAUACCGGAGGCUGUUGAGGCUCAGGCGGGACGGACGGACGGACGGACGGAGGAUGGAGCCAAGACAAAAAGAGAAUCUAGAAACUGCACAACAGACUUACUGCGUGUGCGUCGUAAUCACCAUUUUUAAUGAAUCCUCAGUUGACUGGGUUUUUUUUUGUUGUUUUUAAUUAUGGACAUGCCACAGCACUUUAUUUUCUUCUAAGAUGCCAUUAAGUUCCACAUGGAAAUGCACACAAAGCAAACUGAAAGACUCUUGAGAGAUGAGGUCCAGCUUCAACUUUUAAGCUCAGGAAGAACAUCCAUGCUGGAAUCUUGUUCAACUUCCCAACAUGGCACUCACUUUUAUCCACGUGGUAUUUGCGCUAUUUAUAUAUGUUGCACAGAUUUAACCUCUUCAACUAAUUGACACUGU